GGUGAGUUCCCGGGCGUGUGUCUGUGUCUGUGUGUGGAAGCGGCCCGCGGCCCGGGACGAUCGCUGGGAUUCCCGUCGGAGGCGUCACCACUGUCACUACCGUCAUCCACGGAGCCACUUCCAGACGAGAGGAGACCCGGCCCUUCGCCGGGCAUUGAAGAUGUUGCCCCUGUCCAUCAAGGACGAUGAAUACAAACCACCCAAGUUCAAUCUGUUGGGCAAGAUCUCCGGCUGGUUUAGGUCUAUCCUGUCGGACAAGACGUCUCGGAACCUGUUUUUCUUCCUGUGCCUGAAUCUUUCUUUCGCUUUUGUGGAACUACUCUACGGCAUCUGGAGCAACUGCUUAGGGUUGAUUUCCGACUCUUUUCACAUGUUUUUCGAUAGCACUGCCAUCUUGGCUGGGUUGGCAGCGUCUGUUAUUUCGAAAUGGAGAGAUAAUGAUGCUUUCUCUUAUGGGUAUGUUCGAGCGGAAGUGCUGGCUGGCUUUGUCAAUGGGCUGUUUUUGAUCUUCACUGCUUUUUUUAUUUUCUCAGAAGGAGUUGAGAGAGCAUUAGCCCCUCCAGAUGUGCACCAUGAGAGACUGCUUCUGGUUUCAAUCCUUGGUUUUGUGGUUAACCUAAUAGGAAUAUUUGUUUUCAAGCAUGGAGGUCAUGGACAUUCUCACGGCUCUGGCCAUGGACACAGCCAUUCCCUCUUUAACGGUGCUCUGGACCAGGCCCAUGGCCAUGGAGAUCAUUGCCACAGUCACGAAUUGAAACAUGGUGCUGCGCACAGCCAUGAUCAUGCUCACGGACAUGGACACUUCCACUCCCACGAUGGUCCCUCCUUAAAAGAAACAUCAGGACCCAGCAGGCAGAUUUUACAAGGUGUAUUUUUACACAUCCUAGCAGAUACCCUUGGGAGCAUUGGGGUGAUUGCGUCAGCCAUCAUGAUGCAGAAUUUUGGUCUGAUGAUAGCAGAUCCUAUUUGUUCAAUCCUGAUAGCCAUGCUCAUAGUUGUAAGUGUCAUUCCUCUGUUACGCGAGUCGGUCGGCAUACUGAUGCAGAGGACGCCGCCGCUGCUGGAGGCCAGCCUGCCGCAGUGCUACCAGAGGGUGCAGCAUUUACAAGGGGUCUACAGUUUACAAGAGCAGCACUUCUGGACCUUGUGUUCUGACGUGUACAUCGGGACCUUGAAGUUAAUAGUAGCCCCUGAUGCUGAUGCCAGGUGGAUUUUAAGCCAAACACAUAAUAUAUUUACUCAGGCCGGAGUGAGACAGCUUUAUGUACAGAUCGACUUCGCAGCCGUGUAAGGAGUGAAGAGAAGCUGCUCUCUGGGGACCACAUUUUCCUGGUACUGUACAAUCCCAGACAUUGUACCUGGCUGUUUAAGAGAGCGCUCAUCCCUACAGCGCCCAGGCCUGGUCGACCGGUAGACCUGCCGACUGCACUCUGCAGGUUCACAGCUAGGGGUCAGAGUUCAGAUCCUCUCUCCUGGACUUGGGGUCUGGCCCUUGUGCCUGCCUCCCCAAACCAUUUUGAUUUCAGAGGUUUCUGGUU